GGGAGGGGCGGCGGCGGGGUCUCGGGGGCCCGGGCGGCGGCCGGCCGAGUCUGGGGAGGGCGAGAAGAAGACCGACGGCGCGAAAGGGAGGCAGGAAGCAGUGAGGGAGAGACCGGGGACACGGGGACACGGGGGACAGAGAGGGGGGCCGGAGCCUCUGCGCGGGGAGACCGUGUCCCAGAGAGGGAGAGACGGGCAGGAAGUCCGCGGCGGAACGGCGGACCCGGGCUCGGCCACCUCGAGUGCCACUGUUUCCAGGCGGUUCCUGAGGUCUGUGAAACAGUAGUCUUCGCAGGUGCCUGCCCCUCUGUUCUCGGCCCCCAAUACUAGCCCUCGGGGCAUCCCAGCCUGGAAAAAUGAGGACCCGGAGGUGGAAAGACCCCGGCCUCGAGGAGGCGGGGCACAGCCAGGGUGGGAGAACACGGCCCACCCGGGCAACCCAGCUGUGAACCCGGGUUCACAGUGGCUUCACUUCCAUUCUUUUAGGGGUGAGUGCGGGGCGGAGCAGGAUGGCGCUGGUGACCUGGAGACUGAGGUGGGGAAGGGGAGGGAGAUACGUGGUGGGACCGUGUCCUCCUCCUCCCCACCUGCUCCGCAGUUCAACCGAGGCUCGAAAAGACAGAAUAUCUGGUAGAGCAGCAAUCACGGCCUCUCUGUGCCGCCUUGUGGCGACAAGGAAGAAAGGCAAGAGCCAGCGACCCUGUUGAGAAAGGGAAGGGAACUCGCAUAGAGGGGCAAUUGCCGCUGUGGCUCUGGAUGAGUUGGUGUCUGGCCAACAAGUGAAUCUGCCACCCCAUCUGCCCGAAGGGUACCAUCCCCCAGCUCACCCAUUCUGCCCUGGUGCCUUGGAUCCCGCCUCUCCCACAUGUCCCCCAGGAUUUUCUGCUCCUCCUGCUCCUGCUGGGCUGGGCCUGAGUCACUUCCCAGGCGGCACUCUGGGAAAGGCUGCGCGGGACCCACGGUCACAAGUGACAGGCUCGGGCUGCAGUGCCAGCUCUCCGUCUCCCAGCCAGCCAGGCCUUCCCAGGUGACAUCAGGAUAAGCCACUGGCCCCCAGCGGCCACAGUAUACCUCUCUGAGCCCCAGGAUCCACGGGGGAAGAAAGGCUAUGAUCCCCUGGUGGGGGAGAACCACAGGAUUAAAACCAGGUGCCCUGCCCCCCACACACACCCAGCAUUCUGGCCCAGUCCCAGCUCUAGGGCCUCAUUUUACUUCUGCCUCCCUUUCCUCAAACAACACACAUUUUCCACUCAGCUGGGGGCCAGGAAAGGAUGAAUGUGCGCCUCAAGGAUGAUGACUGCUCUGGCAAGGCUCCCUGUGGCAGAGAGGGGUGACCUUCCCUCAGCCCAGUGUCCUCAUGGCGUGAGCCCUCACAGGGUCACUCACAUCAGGCUCUGAUUCUUCCUCUGUAUAAGGAGACCACUGGGCAGCUGAGCCCGGAGGCUCCUUCCUGGACUGACCCUGCAGAGCCACAAAAAAUUACAUCAUUUUGAAAUACUCAUGGCAGAGGAAGGGGCCAUCCUCACCAGGAACCUGAAAGCUGCCGUCUCCGCCAUCCUCCAGGGCUACCCUGGCGGGCAGCCUCCAGUGACAGAUGCCAGCGCUGAGCUGCACAGACUCUGUGGCUGCCUGGAGCUGCUGCUACAGUUUGACCAGAAAGAGCAGAAGAGCCUCCUGAGGCCUCGGAAGGAUUACUGGGACUUCCUCUGCUCUGGCCUACGGCAACAGCGGGGCAGCACGGAGCCAGCCCGCUUCAUCUGCUCACAGGACAAGUUGAAGACUUCUCUAGCAAAAGGCCGUGCCUUCAUCCGCUUCUGCCUAGCCCACGGACAGCUGGCCGAGUCCCUACAGCUCUGCCUUCUGAACCCCGAGCUCACCAGGGAAUGGUAUGGCCCCCGGAGCCCUCUGGUGUGCCCUGAACUCCGGGAAGACCUCCUGGAUUCUCUCUAUGCUCUCAAUGGAGUGACCUUCGACUUGAACCUGCGGUGGCCGGACCUAGAUGAAGCCUGGCCCAUGUUCUCAGAGUCCUGCUGCCCCAGCCGGACCCAGGGAAGAAGACCCAGAAAGACCAAAGACUCCCCAAAGCAGCUUCCUAGCACCAGGUACAGAUACCGUGAGGACUCAGCCUGUGCCCAGAAGGGGGAACACACUGCAACGCCACCUGUUAAGUGCGGUGAUGCAGCCAUGCACAGAGGAACAGGGGAGCCUGGAGACGGCUUCUCAGGAGAGAUCUCAGCCACACAUGGAAACCCCACAGCAGUCCAUCCAGAGGAGCUGCACACUAGCCAAACCAGCUGUCUGCAAGAUGCACCCAGGGAAGACUGGUUGGCCGGACUCCCCAGGUCCCAGCAACAAAGGCACCUUCCUCCCUUUUUAGAAAAGAAAAGAGAAGAUCCCAGGAGCCUCGGGUCCUCCCAGGGCACGUGGGAACCAGCAGGGGAGGAACUUCAGCAAGCCCAGGAGAAAGGAGCCCCAAGAACUGGGAUCUGCCUGGAGAUUUCAACACCCAGCAUCCAGGGACAGGGAGAGGGGUCUGAGGGGGCUCCAAAGGAGGUGAUAGGCACAGAGGCCAAGGGCAGAAGGAUUCUUCCCAGUGCGGAGGGGACUCAUGAAGGGGGAGCAGAGCAGGGUCAUGUCCAUAGGCUACUGGCCUCCAGCCCCACAGGGACAAUAGAGGACACAAUGUCAGGGAACCAGCAGGAAUGGGAGGUGCCUAGCAUUCCAGGGGAGCCCGGGGUCCUUUGGGGCCUGGGAACAAAGGAAGACUUCACCCCAGAGAAACCACAAGAGGAAACAGGAGAGACCAGUGUGACCAGGAGGAAGGAGCAAGCAGAAGUGGCCUUGCAGGAUGUGGUCAAGAGCCUGAGACGUGGGCUCCGGAAGACCGAGGAGCGGGCACAGCACCAGGAGCAGCUGCUGAAGGAGAAGGAAGGGGAGCUGCGGACACUACAGGAGCGGCUUAGCAGGUGUCAGGAAGAGAGGGCCCGGCUGCAGACAGAGCUGGAGGAGAAUCAGCAGGAGGCUGAGAGGAGGGACGCCAUGUAUGAGAAGGAGCUUGGAGGGCAGCGGGACCUGGUCCAUGCCAUGAAGAUGAGGGUGCUGGCACUGAUUCAUCUGAUGUGGCAGUUAGUUUCCUGCCCCAUCCUUCCUAAAGAGAAGCCACAAGUCAACCACCCCUGUCCACUGUUGAAGCUCCAGCAGCUUAAACAUGAAAUCAUGACCAUGGAUCCUCAGAUGUUUGAGAAGAGUCUAGAACAUAGAAGCAGAGACAAAGGGCCCUUCUUGGGAAGUUAAUUAAGGAUGUGCUUCGGAAAAACAAGGAAGUAAGCUUGGCUUACCAAGAAAGGAGAAGAUGUGGAAUUCAGGAAACAGUAGCUCUAGCCCGGGAGAGAAGAAAAGGGAAUUUCCAAGAUGACAAGUGGCUGGCAAACCCAAGGAGCAGUACAUCCAGGCUGAAACAGAAGUACUGAGGAGGAAGCUCUCAGGGGAAAAAGAGAAUCGAUGCCAUACCUGAUAUGAUGAAGAAUUUGUUGAGGAGAGGGAAUAAUUAGGCUGUGUUAAAGGCAAGUCAUGCAAGGACUUUGCAAGGAGCAAAGAAAGGCAAUUAAAAAGUCCUGGAAAAACAAAAAAUUUCCAAGGAAAUGUUUAGAACACAUCUUAGCUCUCCUUGAAGCAAUAUGCUUAUAUAUUUUCUAAUAAUAUAAAUACUAUUUAUUGGUUUUUUCAAUGUUAGAAUCAACCUAAAGACAAAGCACAGUAAACAAUUGUGAUUAUAGAACAAAUGUAAAUGUUAUUACCUAAACAACAUUAAGUACACAAAAUAGAAGCCAAUAGAAAUUUCUGUGAAGAUGGAAAUGUUCUAUACUCGCCCUGUCCAAUACAGCAGCUACCAGUCACAUGUAGUGACCGAGUACCUCAAAUGUGUCUGAUGUGACUGAGGAACUGAAGUUCUAAUUUUAGUUAAUUUUAGUUAAAUGAAAUAUAAAGUUAAGUAGCCCCAUGUGGCUAGUGGCUACCAUAUUGGACAUAGCAGGAAUAGAUAACAAGUAGGAGGUGGAUGAAGGAGGCCAACCGAAGAGGAAGUGAUGCUGGUAUCAUCAUAUUACAGAAUGCCAGUCAGGAUGCUAUCUGUGCUCCACAGAAUGAGUGAGAAAUAAAUGUGUGAGUAUAUUCUGUAAAACUACAGUAGUAAUAGAGGAACCAAAAAUAGGGAUAUAACCGCAUGGGGAGGAAGGAGGUGGAGUUCAGCGGGGAUGGUAAUAAACAAGCUAAGUCCUCUGACAUCAAGGUAAGGAGCUCUGUAGAUGUUCUCUCUUGAUAUAUCAAAAAAAAAAAAAAAGAGGAUAUGAGCAUAUUAUUUAAGUGUGGAAGUAAUAUCAAAGAGAAAAGCGACAAGUGUAAGAGGUGGUUUGCCAUUGAGAAUGGAAGGAGUAGGGAGGGUGUCUAUUUCCUUUUGAUAUAAGUUCUGCACUGUUGGAUUUUUAAAUCGUGUGUAUAUAUCAUCUUGAUAAAAAAGACUUUAAACCCACAUUCCUAAACAUCCUUUAAAAAAGAAACAACAGUAAAGAUAGUUUUGCAGGAGUAUAACAUACAUAAAUACAAGGGGGGUUGUAUCAAGUGCCAAAUAAAAGAUAAGGGCAUC